AAGGGGAGGGGGGCCUGGGGAUGGAAAGGCUUGAGGUUGAGGCCACUUGAGGGAGGGGGAGGAGGCAGCCCGGCGAGGGGCGUGUUGGGGACCCAGCCGGGCUGGGCCCCUGGGCCCCAGGUCUGUACAAUAUGGUUUGCUAUAAAACUCAAAAUCUUCCAGCCGGGGCCACCGACUUCGUGUGUGUGUGUGUGUGUGUGUGUGUGUGUGUGUGUUUUUCUGUGUAUUUGUGUGUGUCUGCGGCGUCGGGGGAGUAUGGAUAGGGUGAAGAUGGCCAGAAGUCCCACUCCAGGUUCUUGGAGGAAGGGGCUCUUCGGAUAGAUCUGAGAGUUCCUGCAGAACGGAGUCACCUUUCCCGACUUCAGUAUUUAGGUUGCGAGGGUAGGAUUUGGGGGUUUGGACACCUGGGACUAUCCAGGUAUACCUAGGAGUAAUCUGGGCUCAGGGACCACCGCCCCCCCUCCCCGUCCCAGAAAGGAACUGAGUGUUCACCUCGGUCGGGUUCGGGUGCAUGGACAUUUUUGGCGGAUGGGGGUCGCGAGGUACCCCCAGAUCUUUCCUUUCGUGCCAGGGACUGCGGGGGCUCGGUCCCCCGGCUCCACCCCAUCAUGUGGCCGCCCCGGCUCCGCCUCUGCCCCAGUUCCUGUUUCGGCCUCUGCCGUCCCGCUUCGGCCCCUGGGGCUCCCCGCAGACGACUGUUUUCCGCUGGGGCCCCUCUCUGGGAGUCCGCCGCCCGCAUCCGCGUCCACCCCGCCGGGGGAUGGGGUCUCCCCGCUGCUCGGACCGGCCCUUAUGGGGUCCCCGAGGCGCCUCGGCCCCUCCGUGACCACCCGGCGCUGCUGGUGCUGCCGCCCCCAGGAUGAAGGGCGGCGAGGGAGAUGCGGGCGAACAGGCCCCGCUGAACCCGGAGGUCGAGAGUCCGGCGGGCUCGGCCACGUACCGGGAGUUCGUGCACCGCGGCUACCUGGACCUCAUGGGGGCCAGUCAGCACUCGCUGAGGGCACUCAGCUGGCGCCGCCUCUACCUCAGCCGGGCCAAGCUCAAAGCCUCCAGCCGCACCUCUGCCCUGCUGUCGGGCUUCGCCAUGGUGGCCAUGGUGGAGGUACAGCUGGAGAGUGACCACGAAUACCCACCAGGCCUGCUGGUGGCCUUUAGUGCCUGUACCACUGUGCUAGUGGCUGUGCACCUCUUUGCACUCAUGGUCUCCACAUGUCUGCUGCCCCACAUUGAAGCCGUGAGCAACAUCCACAACCUCAACUCUGUUCACCAGUCACCGCACCAGCGACUCCACCGCUAUGUGGAGCUGGCCUGGGGCUUCUCCACUGCCUUGGGCACCUUUCUCUUUCUGGCUGAAGUUGUCCUAGUGGGCUGGGUCAAGUUUGUGCCCAUUGGGGCCCCCCUGGACACACCGGCCCCCAUGGCACCUACAUCCCAGGUGCCUGGGACUCUGCCACCAAUGGCUUCCAAAUUCCCACCAUCUUCAACUUCUGUAACCCCAUCACAGGAUGAGCCUUCUGAAGCCUGCCCACCCAGGCAAACAUGUGGUAGUAGUGGUGGGGUUCAUGGGCCAGGCUGGCAAGCAGCCAUGGCCUCCACAGCAAUCAUGGUACCUGUGGGACUUGUGUUUGUUGCCUUUGCCCUACAUUUCUACCGCUCCUUGGUGGCCCACAAGACAGACCGUCACAAGCAGGAACUAGAGGAGCUGAGUCGCCUGCAGGGGGAGCUGCAGGCUGUGUGAGUCUGGUGUUAGUCUGCUGCAUGCACUGCCUCCCUGAGGGUCUGCAAGCAUUCCCUACUCCAGGAGGGAGCCAAUUCCUGUGGCCACUCUCAGGUAGAGAACAGUUUCUUGCCCAUGUUCCCACAUUCCCAGGGAAACCCUGUUGGUUUUCCCAUUGUUUUUGUAAGUUCUACUCUACUAUUCUUCCUAAUCUGGGAAGAAUAAGGAAGAAAAUGGAACAUCCUCAGUCCAAGAAUCCUGGGGUAGACACAGGGAGGCAGGUAGACCCUAGAGGGAUGUUUGGUGUGCUGACCUUCAGCUGCUUGCUCCUCUACAGGAUAUGGAGAUCAGAAGGUCAUAUACCUACACAGCUGCCCCUGAAGGCCAUCAACCCUUACUUCAUUUGUGUAGAAUGUAAUUUGCAGUUGAAAUUUUUGGGGAAAAUUUCCCCUGUAACCAGAUUUUGAUGGGGCCCACAUUCUUGCUUUGGGUGACUAUAGAGGGAUUCUGGUGUUUCUGUGACAGAUAUAUGCCCAUCCCUUCCUAGGAGGAGCCUCUCUAUUUUUGGAGGUUCAAGCCCACCCUCCACUGUUGACCUGUGGCCACUUUCAGAAGGGGGAGACCCUGCCUCACUGCUCUAGGCCCAUACUCACAUGCCUAUUAUCAGGUUCUCACCCUGCUGGCCCCUGGCUGAGGGGUCUUGCAAGACUGAGGACCUGUGUGCCCGUCUGACUCGUUAGCAGGGGCUGGGUGAGGAAGCUUUAAAGGGAUAGGGUCCAGUCCCCAGUCCUUAGAAUCAGAGCUCUUUGACACUGAAUUUUUGAUGCACCUUGUUUUGUAUAAUAAAUUGUUUUACAGAUGUC